AUGGCGGCCAUCUUCAACCUCUACACUUUUGCUUCCGCACAAGACACCACGAGGAGCAAUCAUACUCAUUUCCCCACCUUCUUUCAUCCCGGGAACUCAUCCGAGAGUCGCUGUCCAGUGUCUUAUUUUGAUGCUGCUCCAACGAGCUUUUCUUGGUCCCGACUCUUUUCCAUUCAAGAUCUCGACAAAUGUCAGGACACGGUCCUCUUUGAGACUAUGCUCCGGUUUCCGUUGGAGGCGCCAGAUAGACAAACCCUCUUCAAAGCCUGUACUUCAUCGACUUCGGACGCUCGAAUCGACCCAAACGAAUACGGCGAACAAGCUCUUAGUGGAGCUGACGUCGUGGACUCUUACGCGGAUGUCGAGGUUGGAUGGAGCGAUCAUAGGGCGCCUUUAUCAGAAUCUAAAUUCCAAGUUGCCGAAGCUGCGCUCAAGCUGCAGACCCAAAUUAUGCGAGACCCCAAUAACAAGCUGAGGGCCACAUUCGCCAAGGCUGGCAAAUCCAUUGUUGGACUCUACGUUGGAGGGGAAAUCCAUCGAUCGUCAUCCAUCUCUCUUAUCCGGGACUUCGUCGAUCGCCUCAAUGGCACUGGACCAGAUGCUCUAUCCAUGCCCUCCCGCCUGGUUAACCAGAUCUGCGGACCCACUGGUGUCCGAUCGACUACACACGUCUUCGGGAUUGUAACCGAUACGGAAGGAGAUCUGGGGGCUGUGCAUAGCAUCGUCAGAGGCUGGGCAGAAGUGGUGUGUGUCUCUGGCCUCGACCGAAGCUACCUUCUCCGAAACCAGUCGCACCGCCUUAUCCCAGCUGUCCCGCUCACAGCGGAAUCUAUUACCAGCGGCUUCUUCAAUUCGUCUGCUGCGAGCAACAGCUCAACGGCCACGAGCAUCAUGGCUGAGGAAAAUGAUGAUUUCGAAUGCAAAUAUACGAUCAUCGAGCAAAAUGACCUCUGCGCGAGUAUCGCAUCCCGCUGCAACAUCCCGGUCAAAAAGCUGAUCGAGUGGAAUGGGGGGGACGACAAGUUGUGCAACAAGCUAAUGCCAAAGGAGCCGAUAUGUUGCUCUCUCGGCAAAAAGCCCGACUUGCGCCCGAAGCCGCAAGAGAAUGGAGAUUGUGCUGUCUACGAGAUUCAGGGCGAUGAUGGCUGUUGGUUGAUUGCAGACAGGUUCCAUCUGACGCAGGAAGAGAUACACAAACUCAACGUCGGAAAAACCUGGGGCUGGUCCGGAUGCGGGAGCCUGUUUCGGGAUCAGAAAAUCUGCGUCAGCACAGGCAACCCUCCAAUGCCCGCACAGCUUGAGGGUGUCACCUGUGGUCCACAGGUCAAAGGCACGGUCCGCCCGACAGACGGCACAAAGAUUACGGAUUUGAACCCUUGUCCACUUAAUGUGUGCUGCUCAGGAUGGGGAUACUGCGGACUUACCGAGGAGUUUUGUGUUGAUACUAGUAUUGAUAACACCCCCGGCACAGCCAGGCCGUCUACAAAUGGCUGUAUUUCAAAUUGUGGGAAGAUCGAGAUUACUAAUAACGACAGGCCACCUGCAAAUUUCAUACGCGUGGGAUACUUCGAAGGAUGGAAUGGGGAACGACCGUGUCUAAACAUGGACGUUGAUGAAAUUGGAAGCCCUAUCACGCACAUCCAUUUCGCAUUCGGCGAUAUCAGUAAUGACUUCGUACCUAGCGUUGGGGGUGACAUUCAGGACCAAUGGCAAAAGUUCCUCAAAAUCACUAGUCAAAAGAGAAUCAUCUCUUUCGGCGGCUGGGCGUUCUCCAAUGAGCCAGGGACAUCACACAUUAUACGCCAGGGUGUGAAGCCGGCUAACCGACAAAGACUUGCGGACAAUAUUAUCAAGUUCGUCGUCGAUAACAAUCUUGACGGCGUCGACUUUGACUGGGAAUACCCUGGCGCGUACGACAUUGACGGGUCCGACAUGGGAACGGCCGAGGAUGGCGCGAAUUACUUCAGGUUCCUGACGCUUGUCCGUAACGGACUGCCAAAAGACAAAUCUCUUGCUAUAGCGGCUCCUGCAUCCUACUGGUAUCUCCGGCAUUUUAUGAUUGCCGAGUCUGCCAGGGUUCUCGACUACAUUGUAUACAUGACCUACGACUUUCAUGGCCAAUGGGAUGUGGGGAACAAGUGGACAAGUCCUGGUUGUGAUAACGGUGACUGCCUGAGAUCCCACGUCAAUAUCACAGAGACUAUGGACGCGCUCGCUAUGAUCACCAGGGCCGGAGUCCCAGCGAGCAAGGUUAUAGUAGGCAUAACCAGCUACGGGCGCAGCUUUAAAAUGGCAGACCCAAACUGCUGGGGACCGACGUGCAAGUACCUUGGGACUCGAGACAAUUCACCUGCCCAGAAAGGGAAAUGCACAAACACUGGCGGGUAUCUUGCCAACGCCGAGAUCGACGACAUCAAAAACGGCAGUGUCCCGUUCCGAGAGCUAUACGACGGAGGCUCCGACUCAGACAUCAUGAUAUACAACGGCGUCGAAUACGUCGGUUAUAUGAGCGACAGAACCAAACAGCGUCGUGUUAACCUGUACAAGAGCCUGAACUUUGGCGGCGCGACCGACUGGGCGGUCGACUUGGCAGGAGACAUUGGCACUGGG